UCUUCUGAGAGAUCGAGGUGCUCUUGACACUUGACGUAGCGUUAUCGAGCCAUAAGACGUGCCCGUUUCCCUCGAAGAUGGUGUAGACAGAUGAACCGGCGAAGAUGAUUAGGUCGGAGAAGACGGCCUGUCCAGGAGGCGGCCUUUACGUCGUCGAGGGGGAGGUCGGCCUCCUGGUAACGGCGAUGCGGCGAGGCGCCCGGUGGUCCUCUCACUCCCAUCAGGACGAGGACCAGGAUGCUUUAAUGAAGGGACUGUCAACCCUGAAGGAUGCUCUUAACGAUGCGGCAAGUCUGUCGCAGCUGGAGCCUGGCGUGUUCCUUGCGCCGUUUCUUGAAAUUGUUCGCUCCGAAGAAACUACUGGUCCUGUUACUAGUCUUGCAUUAUCGGCUGUUAAUAAGAUCCUGUCCUAUGGUCUUGUUGAUCCUGAUCACCCAGCAAUAGCACCUUGCGUCGAGGCCAUUGCGGAUGCUGUAACUCAUGCACGAUUCGUUGGAACCGAUGCUUCUGGAGAUGGAGUCGUUCUCAUGCGAGUCCUCCAGGUUCUACGAGCCCUGAUGCUUUCUCCAGCUGGGGACCACUUGUCUAACGAGAGCAUCUGCGAAAUAAUGCUCAGUUGCUUUAGGAUAUGCUUUGAGACGAGACUCAGUGAGCUACUCAGGAGGACUGCUGAGCACUGUUUGCGGGACAUGGUACAACACCUUUUUACCAGGCUACCGCACUUUGUUGAAGACACUCGGAUGCUUCUGAACAUGAAAAAAAUGAGAACAAACAGCGUAGAUAACACUCGUAAGAACAGGAAGAACAAACCUCAUUCUAAGCCGAAGGCGAAACCGACUAGCGAAGAUAUUGAAGAACCCGAUGCUCACCUAUUGAGUCCAGUAGAAAGAAUUAAAGCUGGUCACUUGGCUACGACCCCCAUUACACCAGCAGGAAAUAUCGUUGACAUGCAAGGCUCCUUGGACCAAGGUACUCCGGAAAGAGUUGAAGAUGAAAAAAUCGAAAAGUCCAGUGCAGCUAAACCUGAAACAAAGGCAGAAUCUCUUAAGGAUCAAGAGGAUAUCGAUACGGAUAAAAAGCAGGACGUCAAAAAUAAUGCAAAGCGUGAAGAGAUUACCGACGAAACCAAAGCCAAUGAAAUCGAGGAUUCCUCUAACCAGGAAGACUCGCAACGAUGUAUAAAAAGUGAGAAUGCUGAGACUCAAGGUGAGACCGUGAAUGAAGAAAAGACGGAUUCUUUGAUUAAAUCAGUACCAAUAGAAAAUCAAGCCUCGGUUUCCAGCUGCAAUGCUGCAGACAGUCCUACCGAAGAGUACAAGAAUUCAAAUUUUGCCCGCUCUCCAGUUGGUAGCAUAGAAGACUUAUCGAUUGAGGAGAAUUCUGGCACAGGUACUGCGACAACACUGCCAAAGAUUAAAGUCGAAGAUGAACCACUCGAAGAAUAUGUUAACACUCAAGGUGUCAGGUUCAUGCCGUUGCAGCAGCUUGCUCCAUACGGUGCUCUUUGUGUUCGCGAGUUGUUCCGGUUUCUGAUUUCUCUGUGUAAUCCCAUUGAUAAACAGAACACCGAAGUGAUGACCCAUCUUGGGCUGAGUCUACUGCAAGUUGCUCUGGAGAUCGCUGCUGAUGCACUUUCGAAAUUCCCUUCACUUCUUGCUUUGGCAAAAGAUGAUCUCUGUCGUAAUCUCAUUUUGUUGCUUGGAACGGAUAGGUUGUCGAUCCUCGCUGGAGACCUCCAAGUGUCAUUCCUUCUCUUCGAAUCGCAACGAGAACAUCUGAAAUUCCAGAUGGAGCAUUACUUGGCAAAGCUUAUGGAGAUAGUGAAUUCUGAAUCCAACAGGAUAACUUACGAGCAACGAGAACUAUCACUGGAGGCCAUCGUCAGAUUAUGGAGAAUACCUGGACUGCCAGCGGAAUUGUAUUUAAAUUACGAUUGUGGACUGUAUUCCAUGAACUUAUACGAAGAUUUAAUGAAGAUGCUCUCCAAGAAUGCUUCCGCAGUCACUGGUAGCAUGUAUAGUGUGCAGUUAGUUUCCCUCGAAGCACUGUUAAUGCUCAUCUCUGGCAUGGAGGCUCGAUGUAAAGGCUACAAAGACAAUCGGAGAACCUCUCGACACAGUGCUUCGGAGAAUCUUCCAACAAGGGAGGAGCUUCUUGUUACGAAGGCCAACAAAAGGUGGCUAGCUCUGGGUACGGAGAAGUUCAAUGAAAAUCCCAGAGAAGGCAUAGCAAAGCUUACGGAGCAUGGUCUGCUCGGUGGCACUCCAGGCAAUCCUGACCCGCAGAGAAUUGCCAAGCUGCUGCGCGAGAAUCCAGGCCUGGACAAGAAAGCCAUCGGCGAAUUCCUCAGCAAGAAGGAAAACAAGAACAUCCUCAACUGCUUCGUUCGCAAUUUCGAUCUACGGCGCACUCGUAUCGACCAGGCCCUCCGGCUCUAUCUAGAGUCCUUCAGACUCCCUGGAGAAGCUCCGUUAAUUUCCCUCCUUUUGGAAAAAUUUGCGGACCACUGGCACGAAAGCAACGGAAAACCAUUCGUCUCGGCGGACGCGGCGUUCACCCUAGCUUACGCGGUGAUUAUGCUCAAUGUCGACCAGCAUAAUUACAACGUGAAACGACAGAGCAAUCCCAUGACCGCCGACGAGUUCAAAAGGAAUCUGAAGAAGGUUAACGGGGACACCGACUUUGACCAAGACAUGCUCGAUGAGAUUUACACGGCGAUCAAGGGUGAGGAGAUAGUCAUGCCGGCCGAGCACACGGGACUCGUCAGGGAGAAUUACCUCUGGAAGGUUUUACUCAGGAGAGGAGCUGGACCAGAGAGUACGUAUUUAAUGGUCGGAGAAUCCGGCGAGUUCGUCGAUCGAGAACUUGCUGAACGAGCCUGGGCUCCCAUCAUCGGAGCUCUAUGCAGAGCCUACGACAAGGCGCCGGAUAGAGCUCUGCAACGCAGAGUAGCUCAGGCUUUCCUUAGCUGUGCUGCGAUCAGUGCUCAUUAUGGAAUGAGCAGCGAUCUGGAUACUCUGAUGGUGACACUCUGCAAGUUCACCGGUUUGGUGAGUGCCAGCGAGGCGGAGCAAAUUGUUCUCCACCUAGGUGGCAGCGGCAGGUGUCAGUUGGCUACGAGGACCUUGUUCAAGAUCACCCACCUCCACGGUGACGCUCUUAGGGCCUCCUGGAAGAACAUCGUAGACUGUCUGCAGACCCUUUACAAGGCGAGACUUCUGCCAGGCAGCUUCACCGAAGGAGAGGAUUUCCUCGAUCCUUCCGGCAAGGUGUCCUUGAUCCGUGAACCUGCAGUUCCGAAGGCCCCUCCAGCGGAGCAGGGAAUCUUAUCGAGCCUUUACUCUUACAUCGCCCUCGAUGCUCCCCGGUUGCCUCAUCCAGCUGAGCCUACGACUCGAAAAAGGGCCACUGAAUGCAUCGUUAACUGUCACCUGAAACAGAUCGUGGAAGAGAGCAAAUUCCUACAGGUCGAAUCUCUUCGGGCCUUGGUGGGUGCUCUGGUGUCUGCAAACCCCACCGAUGAAGACGUAUCGGUUUUCCUGCUGGAACUCCUCCUGGAAGUGACCAUUCAGAAUCGGGACAGAGUGAUGUCUAUCUGGAAGAUAGUCCAAGGUCACCUGGAUACUCUGUUGACAUCUACGGCUCGAGAGAAUAGGCCUUACCUUCUGGAGAGAGUAGCAGUUGGGAUGCUUCGACUGGCUAUCAGACUUCUCCGAGGAGAGGAAUUCGCUUGGACGGUGUUGCCUCCACUGCUGCCAUUGACUCAUCUGCCCUCGGCAACAACUGCUCCACUAGCUAGGCAAAUAGCAUUUGGUCUCUUCGAGCUGCUAAAAACUGGAGCAGCAAAUAUCCACGGUACAGAGGACUGGAAGGUGGUUUUCUGUUUGCUGGAGUGUGCUGGAGCAGGAGCAUUGGUUCCAAAGCAGACCGGUAAUUCUUCUCCGGAGGAGUCAACCAACAGAGUCUCCGUGCUCGACACCAGACCCAUCAGUCCUGUACCGGAGUGGGUUCUGGUCUCUCCGACAGGGACCGAAGCACCUCUUCCAGUGGCAGCAGAUAUUAUAGUGUUAGACAAAGACUUGCAGCCGCACGAUCCUGCUGCUCUAGUGAAGUGCUGUGAAAGUUUGACCUUCCUGGUCAGAGACGUCGCCCAUGUUACGCCAUUCAAUUUUGAACUCUGCGUACGUUGCAUAAGGACCUUCGCCGAAGCUGUGCUUCAUGGCGCUGGGAAACGGAGCAGAGUUCACAGCUACGCGGAGGAGCCCCCUGGAUACCAGCAGAGUCCGAUACAGCUUCUGGACUUGAUGCACACGCUUCACACCAGGACCGCUCAAGUAUUUCGAUGGUGGGCAGAAGAAGGAGGUACUACCGAAGGAUUCUCUCUUUGGCCCCAGGCCUGGAAGCCACUUCUUCAGGGAAUAGCAAGACUAUGCUGUGACUCUCGAAGACCCGUCAGAGCAUCGGCAAUAACUUACCUUCAAAGCACUCUCUUAGCCCAUGAUCUAGCUCAACUUUCGGCUCAGGAGUGGUCGCAGUGUUUGGAGCAAGUCUUAUUCCCUUUGUUGGCCCAGCUCUUAGGGCCGGUGGCUCCUAACGAUCCCAGUGGUGUCGAAGAGACCAGGGUCCGAGCUGCGAUGCUACUUUCAAAGGUUUUCCUCCACCACCUGACUCCACUGCUUACGCUAUCUGGAUUCCUGCCUCUGUGGCUCACCGUCCUAGACCUGCUCCGAGCCUACAUGCAUGCCGACAACAGCGAACUGCUCUUCGAAGCCAUUCCAGAAUCCCUGAAGAACAUGCUGCUAGUCAUGUCCUCCGCAGGAGUCUUGGCGCCCUCCUCGAAUCUCUGGGCUCCUACCUGGAGGACCAUCGAUGUCUUUCUGCCCAAUCUGAAGAGCGAACUCUUCCCGGAGCCUCCACCGCAACCCUCUCCGCAGGCUUCACAGCCUCAAGUGAUCAACCUGGUCGACCAGCAGCAGCCUUCGAUAGCUGGGACCAUAGCUCCGCAACUGGAGAACCCUUCCCAAGCUGGGGAGGAAACUCACGAGACUCUUAAUUCGACGUCUGGCUCUCCGGGCUCCGAAGGCAUCCUUUCCACUGGCAUCUUGCCGGUUGCCGUGCCCCUACCUUCCUUGGUUUUGGAGAACAAGGAACCGCAGCAGGUGAUCACCCUGAUCAGCCAGCCGCCACCUAGUGUAUCCAGUCCCGUCGCCGUUCAACCGUCCCCUCAGCGAGUCUUCGAUUUCCAGCUUGCUUCCUCCAAGAUGGAGACCAAUGAGUAUACGUUGAAGGAGUAUACCCUGGAAGGCUCGGACUCCAUUUGCAUAGAAGACGAAGUCCAGCAGCAUCGAUACCCUGAGAGCCAGCGAAUGAACUCCCAGCAGGUGUCGCCGAGGCGAGUGUACGCCCAACCUCCGUCUCACCAACCGAACCAAGAGUUCCAAUAUCAAGGGACUGCGAAUCCCGCCAAUAUCCUUUCUCUUUCAGGUGACAGUCAUGACGGAGGCCUCUUCCACCACUAUUUUCAACUCCGCAGCAUAUUUCAGUGAGGAUCCCACCGCGGAUCGCCUCUUCGUCGUAACCAAUCCUUGACCACUGUACAUUCGUUAUGUAUAUUGUAUUAUAUAAUGAUAUUUACGUUAUACAAUCGCGUGUCAUGGAAAGCGAUUAGAAAUUCGCUGAGGGAGUGAUAUAUGUAUACAUAUAUAAUAAUAGAUACGAGCACGGUAUCUUUGGCUUGUAUAUUUGGCACGGUGAUAUACAGAUAUUAUUAUUAAUAAUAAUAGUAGUAACGGUAA